AUGGCUUUCGUGCAACCGCGCCUACCACCUUUGCCGGCGGUGUUCCUCAAAUUCCAGGACGACUUCCCGGACUCCUCGCGCGUUCUCCGGCGCUGUGGCAGCUAUCCCGGCUACACGCCCUUCGAGCUCAACUCGAACUCAGGCGACGAAGCUUCCGAGACGACGCUGCUUGGAGGAAGCGCCGAAGAAGACCCGGCUGCGACGUGGCCAGACACCGACGAGGAGGGGCUCCUUGGCGCGCCAUGGGCCAACAGCACCUUGGGUCCGCGAAGCGAGGAGACGUCGGAAGACAACUGCAGUCAGGGUGAAGCCGGAAAGUGCUGCUGCAGCAAGGCGGUCCCUGGUCUCCCGGCCACUGCGAACGGCAUCCCUAUUUCGCACAUAUCGAAGCAAGUUCUGGAAGCCCCCUGCUGCCCUACCUCUCACACGUCGCAGCAAGUGAUGCAAGCCACACGCCCGUCUGUUACCUCGCAAACGUCGACGAACAUGAAGCAAGCCCGGCGUGCUCGCGCGCAAGCCGUGCGAAAGACCCGACGCAUGUUGCCCGCCGUGCCUCCAGAGCAGUUGGCCCAUAUUGUGCGUUCUUCGCCUUCGACGCGGCCACGGAGGCCGUGCGUGCAGCCCGAGAGCCCCAAGAGCCCACCCUAG